AUGUCGUCUGAAAAGACCGAGGACUUAAACUGUUAUACUGUUUUGCGCGUGCACAAAUAUGACUCCGACAGUGAAGCAUCGACCCCACAACGCCUCAUCCAGGUUGAAAAGGACAAGUUCGCCAACAUCGGAAAGGAAAAAUUGGAAGUACUUAGGAAAUUUUUCAUAAGUGAAAAGGUCUUCGAUUCUUCAGACAUAUCUAGCCCAUUCUGCGAUAAAAAUGGGUCUGAAAUGUCCGACUCAACCAUGGUGAAGCUUUACUUUAGCGUAAUUGACGAGGCAAAGGAGGAAAUGUCGGCAACUUCAGCUUCUCAAUUGAAUGUGUAUUUCAAGCAGAAGAAGACACGCACCGCCCUUGACGAUGAAACGAAGGAGUUCCUCAAAAAGCAACUGGAUCUGACCACGAAGGACCAGAAGUUGUCGGAGGCGGACCUCAACAGGCUCAAGUCAACAUUUGAUGCAACCAAGCGGAAGGCGACGGCAGGAUCGAAGCAGAGCCAUGCUGCCGACUUGACCGAAGAGCAGUGGAGUAUUAUUACACAGACGAACUGUCUUUUCAGUGGCUAUAAGAUAGUGAGAUAUGAGAAGAUAAUAGGGGGCCCCGCGCUGCUGGAUCCCCCCAAGUCGGCUAGCGACAAGAAAUCAAGUCUAAGCAAGAUCCAGGGCAAGGUGACAACAGAAAUGAAAGUUGAACGUACCCCCUACAGCGGUAGGCCAUUUCAGAAGGAUGAGAUAUCAGCUGAUCCUGUUAGGAUCCCUCGAUUCCGAGUCGAUGACGAUUCGUAUGUGAGCGUUUAUGAGACGCAAAACGCUCUAGAGAAUUCACUUGCAAAGGGCUCGUUUCCCGAGACUGCAGUUCAAGCGUCUGUCGGCGGUGGUUUCUGGGGUGUAUCCGCCGCAGCCAGCGCUGGAUUCUCCGAAAAGAAAAGAACAAUGCACAUUACUUACAAGCAAGCGUUAACCAUCAACGGUUUCCGCGUGUUACUGUGUGACAAAGAUUCUCUUGAGAUCACCGAGGAAUGCAAACGUGAGAUCAAAAAGGUUCAGGACAAAAAGAGUUUGAUAGCCUUUAGCAAGAAGUUUGGUGAUAUCUUCCCCCAAAGGGUUCAACUUGGCGGAGCUCUGUUCGCCAGCGAGGACAGCGCUGCCGAUAGUGCUCAAACCAAGAAGAACCAAGCUCAGGCUAUGAAAGUCUCUGCUGCUGCCUCCUUCUCAUCAUCAUGGGCCCAAGCAUCCCGCCAGCGCAAGCCACGAACAGGGCAACACCCUCCGCAGUGGUGUGCAACCGUGGGUGACUUCUACAAAUGGAGGGUAAUUAACCAAAGCGAUGUUCUCCCGCUUUACGAGGCGCUUGAUGAAAUCAAUGGUAAUACAAAUUUUGCCACACAAUUCGAACAGGCUGCGAAGAGAGGCUGA